GUACGUUCACACGGCGUCGAGUGUUUCUCUACCGAAUCGGUUUUUUGCAGGAUUCGGUUUAGUGGCAUAAGUAUUUCAAUGAAGGAGUUCACACAUGCAUUCGGUUUCAAGACACGACAAAAAAGCCGAAUCUUGCUGAAGUUGACAUCCGAUUUUGCGACUACAAACCGAUCCGGCGAUACUGCAAAAUGCAGAUCCGAUACAGUGGUAUAGGGCAUUCAAUACAUGCGUUCAUACGAUACACGCAGGGGUAGAUUCGGUUUUUUGUCGGAUCUUGAAACCGAAUGCGUCGCACAAGCUGGGAAGGAGGGGUGGGCGGGAGGGACACACUGCACGUGCGCUUGCCAGUCGCCUGUUCUUUUCGCCCGCUUUGACUGACCGCUCGCUAUGACGACGAAAAAUAUAAACGUUGAAAAUUUAAUUUCUCUUGUCCAAAAUCGGCCAGUUUUAUGGGACAAAACUCUCGAAAUAUACAAGGAUAAAAACUUGAGAACUGCUGGCUGGCGAGAAAUAUGUAUAAAUUUGAAUGAAGAUUUUGAAGAAAUGGAGGAGAAAAACAGGCAGGAUUAUGCUAAAUCGAUCGUAAAGAAGUGGACUAAUAUUAGAGACAGCUGGAUGAGGAGUAUUAAUGAGAAAAAGAAAUCAAAAAAAUCAGGAUCGUCUGCGACAUGUCCGAGAGCCUACGUUUAUCAUCGUCAAAUGUUGUUCUUAAAAAAAAUUGUGUCGCCAGCUGACACACAUGAUAGUGCAACUAUUGUUACACCAAACCCAGCAGACGAUAGUACAGCCGCUACAGUUACAUCAGAUGUUACCCAUGACAGUGCGAUGGCUCUGGACAAUUUAUUCGGUGAAGAUGUCGCAAAUAAUCAAGAUGCUACAGAUGAAAGUCAACAAGAAAGUAAUAAUGAAAAUUUAGUAGGUGGUUCGAAAAGAAAAAAAAGCAGACCAUCGAGGCAGAAUUUAAACGUGUUUGAUAAGAAAAUGAGUGAGUUUAUAGAUUAUCAAAUGGAAUGCAAGAAGAAAGAAGAAAUGAAAGAAGACCGUAAUUUGUUUUUCUUUAAAAGUCUACUUCCAUCAUUGGCAACGCUAAACGAUAAUCAAACAUUAGAAUUUCAAUCAGGCGUCUUAAAUUUAUUGCAAAAUAUAAAGAACCGAAAUGAAUGGUCUCCUGCACACUCAUCAACAUACAACUAUCAACCAAAUGUGGCACAAUCACAAGGCUAUUUUACAUCGCAGUACCAAGCAUCACCAGAGUCUCAAAGUAUUCAAUCGAAUGCUUCUGAUUUACCAGACUUUCAUAAUAUGUAGUUGGGAAACUUCAAACUGUGUACCUACCAAGCGAUUGUCUA